AUGCUGCUUCUUGGAAAUGCAGGCCUUGCCAUCUUCACUCUUGUGAUAGUCCAGAAUCUUAACGAUGUGUUCCUUCACAGGGCCCGGUCGCCAAGAGGAGUCGAGAUGAAGAUGAAGAUUCAAUGGAUAAUCUUCUCGAUAGUAACGUUCUUCUACGGGAUCUUCCAUUUGCCACUAAUUACAUCAAACAUGGACAAGCUUUUCAAAAUGGACAUGAUGGCUUUAAUUACUGUUGUGAUAUUCACCUUACAGAUAAUCAUGCUUUUUAUCAUAUACUCAAUGCAUCCGGACUUGUUUGGAACCAAGUACAACCGGGAGGUCCGGAGCUACAUCGAGAGGCUUGAAGCAGAACAUCAUGAACAAAGCGAGAUAUGA